ACAGCCAUCAUUAUCAUCGAAUUCUACUAGAUCAGUCAUGUCAUAGAAUAAGUUGUAUUGUUAAUUGUCAAUACAUCGUCAUGAAAUACCACAUAUCGGCGAAGGCUUACACAAAGAUGCUGCUACACGCUGCCAAAUACCCUCACAAAGCCGUGAAUGGAGUAUUACUUGGCGAAGAAUCGAUUCAAGACAGUGAAGUUUAUGCACAGGAUGCAAUUCCUUUGUUUCAUCAAUGCCUUGGACUUGCGCCCAUGUUAGAGGUAGCUCUCAAUCAAGUGGAUUCUUAUUGCAAAGCCAGUGGGUUGCAAAUAGUUGGAUAUUUUCAAGCCAAUGAACAUAUUGAUAAUAACAGCCCUGAUGGCAUCGCUUAUAAAAUUGGUGAAAAGAUUACUGAUCAUUGCGCCAAUGGUUGUCUACUAAUGAUUGAUAAUACCAAGUUGUCAGUGAGUUGUGAUGAUGUUGCAAUUAAGUGUUAUAUUGUCCAAGACAACAAAUGGAAGCUUAUUGAUAAAGACUUGAGUGUAGCUGGAGGUGAUGACACACUAAAUUUGACUUCAGAUCUAAUAGAGGGAAAAGCAUACCAAAGCCUUGUGGAUUUUGAUAAUCAUCUUGAUGAUAUGUCAUUGGAUUGGCUCAACCAUGAUAUCAACAGACUAGCAGAUUUAACUGGUUGACAAUUUAUUGUACCUUUUGACAUUAAAAAUAAACAAAAACAUAAAACACAAAAAAUUAUGGUUUGCAAGCACUAUGCUAGAUUUGCCAAUCAAAAAAGGAUGAAACAAUAGAUGGGCAUGCAGAGAUAUGGAUUUUAUCUUUGACUUUUGAAAAGAUCUUCCACCUCUCUUGAAAAGAGAUUGUCAACAGGAGAUGAUGUUCAUUUUCUCAAACCUUCCACAUACAUACAUGUAUGUAUGUAAUAUUCUCUAUCAUGUAAUUAUUCUUGAAAGCAAAUUUUGCUAUAUUYUUGUUGGUUUUAUUUACUGUACGGGGACCUUCCGACAAAUAGGUUAUGGUCCUUGUGUCUUGAAUAGGGCGUAUACAAGCUUAUACAACUGACCUUCAGUGGUCUUAAAUAGGGGCGUAAUUUCUUAUGUUUUCAUGUCUUAUACAUGGUGUCAAUAUUUACCUAGUAGACUAUACAGUCAAAAUAAAGAAAACAAUACACCAUAUUGACAUCUGUUGCGGAACAUUAUCUGGUUUAUGUCUUCAGUAGGGUCUAUAUUUGACCUUGUAGCUCAGCAGGUAGAGCAUCCGAGGGUUGUGGAAACAUUUUGAUCCUUGUGUUUCGCUUUGCGUUUAAGCCUUCAGGCUUGCGUUCGUUCGGUUUUCACGGUGUUUAUGUGCAUUGAGCACUUGAGCUUGGCAUUGGGUUUAGGUUUAAGUCGUAAUGAAAACCAGGCUUAAGUCCUUAAGCGCAAGAGAAGGGAACAUUUUGAUCCUUGUGUUUCGGUUUGCGUUUAAGUUUGUGCUUGCGUUGGAUCGGUUUUCACGGUGUUUAUGAGCCUUGAGCACUUGCGCUUAGCAUUGGGCUUAUGUUUAAGUCUUAGUGAAAACCAUGAUAGCAAGCACAUUGGUAAUUAUCACAUUCGUUCUUUUUUGAGCGACUUUAAUUUUAAUCGAUGCUCUCACUUCAGAGUAGUCUCCUUCGCAGCCUCACAAAAUAAGGGGAGCCUUCGCAGGAGAUUAACCGAGAGUAGAUAUCGAAAAAUGGUAUUACAUUAAACAAGUAUUUAAACCACUCGUGCGACGAGUGCGAAAAUGAAAUUGAAAUCAAAGACACUUCUACUAAUA